AACGUUGAUCCCACCCCGAAGUCUCUGAUGCCUGCCGUGCAGCAUUCAGGACGGCAGGGGGCAGCCGGGCUGUGGAAAUGUUGUUUUUUUGUUUUUAUUUUUAUUUUUUAUGGAAAUGUAGAUAGUCUCCCAACCUUUUUCCUUAAGGGACCCCCAUUCUAUCAUUGAGGGGAGCAGGUUGUUUGUGGUGUUGAGGAGUAUUUCCAGGAACGAGGGCCCACAGUCACAUUCAGCAACUUGCACUACUGCGUUCAGGAGAGGAAGCUCUGCUGCAAGAAAGGUCCUGAAAAACACAUCCUCAAAGAUGUAAGUGGUAUCAUGAGACCGGGGAUGAAUGCUAUUAUGGGUGCCACAGGAAGUGGGAAAACAUCACUUCUGGAUGUAAUCGCAGGAAGAAAAGACCCUGCUGGACUUCGGCAAGGACAAGUCUUGGUGGACGGCAAGGUCGUCACCUCUGACCUCAGGCUCAGCUCUGCUUACGUGGUUCAGGAUGAUAUCCUGAUGGGGACGCUGAGUGUGAGAGAGAACCUUCUGUUCAGCGCCAACCUGCGUCUCAACCCUCAGCAUCACUCCUCCACAGACAAACAGAGCAGGGUGGAUGCCAUCUUACAAGAGCUGGGCCUUACAGACUGCGCAGACACUAAGAUAGGGACGGAGUUUCUGCGUGGCGUAUCAGGAGGUGAGAGGAAGAGGUGCAGCAUCGGGAUGGAGCUCAUCACUUCUCCUUCUCUGCUGUUUCUGGAUGAGCCGACCACCGGACUGGAUUCUAACACUGCAAACUGUAUCAUCAGUCUGCUGCACAAGCUCUCCAGAAGCGGUAAGACUGUGAUCUUCUCCAUCCACCAGCCACGCUACUCCAUCUUCAGACAGUUUGACCACCUGACUCUGAUGCAUAAAGGAGAGGUGGUGUACGCAGGCGCAGCAGGCCGUGCGCUUGAAUACUUCACAAACCUUGGUUAUCAGAUCGAGUCCUUCGACAACCCCGCUGAUUUCUUCAUGGACAUCACAAACGGAGAAGCUAAAUCCAAAUUAGAGUCACUCACUGCAGCUGAGUGUAAAAACCCAUUGGCAGUCAAGUACUGUCAGUCCCAACUGUGCCAGAAUAUGCUUGAGGAGUUGAACCAUGUGAACCAGAGCGUUGCUGAAGGGGUCAAAGGUCAAGACAAGGCAGCUGACUAUGUUACGUCUUUCUUCUACCAGAUGCGUGUGGUGUGUGGCAGGACAGUCCUGAACAGUCUGAGGAACCCUCAGACCUCUUAUGCCCAGUUGGCUCUCAACAUCUUUUUUGCUAUUCUGGUGGGACUCAUUUAUUACCAGAUGCCCUUAACACUGCCCGAGGCUUUACAGAACAGGAUGGGAGCGUUCUUCUUCCUUAUCAUCAACAUGGUGUUUGGGAAUCUCUCUGCUGUUGAACUCUUUAUCAAUGAAAGGGCAAUCUUCAUUCAUGAGAACUCCAGUGGCUACUAUCGUACCUCUGUCUACUUCCUGUCCAAGAUCUUUGCUGAUCUCAUCCCCAACCGCAUCAUUCCCAUCUUUGUGUUUUCAGCCAUUGCCUACUAUAUGAUGGGGUUGAAGCCUGCCUUCGAGGCCUUCCUGUGUUUUGCGCUGACGAUGUCUCUAGUCAGUCUGGCCGGAGUCAGCCUGGCCUUCCUGGUCUCAGCGAGUGUAUCCUCAUUUGCCAUGGCUAACAUCCUCAUUGCUCUUCCCUUCGUCUUCAUGAUGGUCUUUGGUGGCUAUCUUGUCAAUCUCAAUUCCAUGCUGAGCUGGCUCUCCUGGCUGAAAUGGAUCAGUAUCUUCAGAUACGGAUUGGAUGCUACAUUCAUCAACGAGAUGACGGGACAGUUAUUCCAGAGCGACGGCAUCAUCAUCCCAGGAGAGCUGUUCCUGAAUAGCCAGGGCAUCGACUACUCUGCGUGGGGCUUCUGGCAGAACCAGGUGGCUCUGCUGGGAAUCAUAUUGGUCUGCAUGUUCCUGGCUUACGUACAGCUGCGGCGAAUCAACCGCUGGAAAUGAUGCCCGUCUAUUUAUUUAUGUAUCCAUCAACCAUGCACUGUGUCUUUAUCUUAUUUAUUUAACAUGCCUCAAAUGAAAACACAUGACAUUUGGGGAGAAAAAAAGAAAGCUAUUGUUUUAUAUGCAUGCACAGCUUUCUAAUGUGAUUAUUAUUUGUUGAACAUUAUAUAUGGCGUAUCUCUCUCUCUCUCACUCUCUCUCUCUCACGCUCUCAUUCACACACAAACAAACGCACGUGUUGUAACAUUUGACUCCCAGGUGGAUUAGCUGCCACUAAGCACACUUGGUCUGUGCACGAGGGAAUGUACAGCAACAGCCAAUCCAAUAUCUAAGUCCUUACAAAGCUCCUUACAGUGAGAGAGGCAACAGUAGCUGCACUAAGGAAAAGAUGCAUUUUAUAGGGAACCUUUUUAAACCCUCAUGUUUCUCAGUUCUCCAAGUAAAAAAAAAAAAAGUUGCAUAGAGCUAUUCCUCUAUGCAGAAAUGCUCGUCUUAUUAAUGCCAUGCACAAACAGUGAAGACAUUGUCAUUAUAUUUUCAGCAUACCAGAAAUAUACAUUUUUUUGUUACAAGUUUUACAAAAAUAUUAUACUGUCAACUUAUUUUAUUAACAUAAAAUAUGGAUAUAAACUCAUUAGAUGCACAGAUGCUGUAAAAUCUGAUUUUAGGGCAAUAAAAAGGUGCACACAUGACAGAAAAGCAUUAAAAUUAACUCCUUAAACUCUUUUUCACACUUAAUUUCCCCUUAAGUAGCUUUAAGGUUGGGAAAAUCAUCUUAUUCAUACAACGUCUGACAGUAUCAUAUAUUCUGUAUGAUCUUGCUCCUGCUCUUCAUGGAAGCCAUAUAAUGUUUAAACAGAGUGAAAUAUUUAAACCCAAGAUUUUUAUGGAUGAACCAUUGCAUUAAAUGGAAAUAUUCUCGAUGAUUUGGUAUCUUUGGGAACUUUGGGAUCUCCAUAAUAAAGCUCUGUGAGUUUGUACCGACUGUUGGGUCAGUGAGGCUGACGAGGUUAAUAGAGACGGUCGUUUUAAAUUAGAGUUAAAUUGGAAUUAAAAAGAUUAAUUCACUUUCAAUUAAGGUCCUUGCUUUCCAUGUGAAGUGAUACUGUUUUUUGGUAUGCAUGUUAAACAGCAAGGCAGUGAAGGGGGCUAUGCUGUAGUUUAGAGAGAUUACACAGGUUUCCAUCCAUCUGAAGGAAACAAAACAGUGAAAACUUGCCAGAUUUUCCCAAAAUCAUAUAUAAGACAUUUAAGAGAUUCCUUGCAUCAGCAGUAUAUUGUUUGUAUUGUCGUAUUUUUCAGAUGGAAUGACUCAAAUGUUCUGCAAAGUUGCUCAAGUUUUUAAAAAAAUAUGAUGUUUCAGCAAAAUAUGGUAAAAACCUAUCAGGGGUUUAAAUGUGCGGAGCAAAUCUGAAUGUCAAAAGUUUUACUUCCCAUUAAACUUGGAGAAGAUGAUGAAAACAAAAUAUCAUGUUUGUGCCAAAAUUCUCUCUGUUUCAUAAAAACGUCAACACUACCACAGUUAAUUAAUACUGUAUCUUAAAAGGACCAAUAAAAUCAUACAGCUGUCUUACUGAUCCUGGAACCAAACACAAGAGAGACACACUGAGUGCUGGCAACACAAAAACAUCUUUAACAGAAACUAACCAACACAAACAUUCACUGUUCAUUUUCUGGUUGAAAGUCCACACUUCAAUCAGUCAGUGCUUCUCAUUUCACCUUUAAAAGCUUUUUACGCUGCUUGUGCUCAUAUUCAGGCUGUUUCCUACUGUUACUGGUGUGUUUUCCAAUCCACGAAGCCACUCGGUACAUUUCAGCACCACACGCUCAUCCACACCAUAGUACUCUUCUUCCUCGUACUCCACAUCAUCAUACUUAUGUUGCUCGUUCAGAAGUGAGAUUUUCACAAAUGAUGUUAUAUCUCCCAGUUCAGCAUCACUGUAGUUUUUAGCAGCCACUCUGCUGUUUGGAGCGUUGUGUCUCUGUGUUGCUGGUUGAUGCCUUUUAGAGAGGUUUUCCCUCCUGCGUCUGGAAUCUGUGGCGCUUCCAGAAGAACCAGCUCCACCUCCAGUGUUCCUGGCACCAGAACGUUGAUGUCUCUCACUGUUUCUUCGCUGCAACAGUAGAACAGCCUCAGGGGUGAGAGUCAGUGUGAAGCGGGCCUCCUCCUGAUGCCGGGACCUGGUUUUCACCUCUGGUUCACUCUUUAGAGAGCUUUGGCUCAUAUGUUUAUGCUCCUGCUUCUUAGACAAGGACUCACCUGAGCUGGAGGCAGGCAAGCUGUCUGAGUGUGUUUGUGAUGAGGGCAACGAGCGGUCCCUUCUCUUUGCAUGCAGCUCUGUCCCUGAUGCCGCUUUGGCAGUUGGCAGAUGACUCCUGUGUUGGCUCUUCUUCCCCAGCUGCUUGAGGUUCAAAGCAAGUCGCUCCUUCACUGAGCUGCCUUUGUCUUCUCUUGGGACCUUCGUCUUGGCUACAGUAGCUGUAGAUGAAGUGCUGUUGAUAGUUUUCUCCUUCCCAGUCAGUCCUGACACAGAGCGUGUAAUUGACACAGGUGGUAUGAACGGCAUUUUGGAAACGCACAGGAUCAAGUAGGAGAGGAGUUCAGUUUUGCGGUUGAAGUGCUGGAAAAAAAAAGGAGAGGGCACGAGGGAGGAAACCGAUUUACUGAGAGAAGCAAGAGACUCUGAUGCAUCUUUGGCCAUGCAGGUUUCAGCAGACGUGGUGCUGCCGGGAUCCACCAGUGCUUGGAUAGCUGACAUCCCGAAGACGUCUUAUACCUGAGCGGCAGGAGGGCGUGGCAUGGCACGCUUCAAAGGGCGUGUAUGACCUCGGAGGAAGGGAAUGACAGGUUUUCUUGCAUCUCACAUGCUCAUUACUCUGAGGCUCAAAGAUCUAAAAUAAACCGACACUUCUAAUCCGCUGGUGUCGUCACUGAGGGCACGUUUACUACACACAGUGCAAGCACACAUGCAGGCUUAAUCCACACAAGCUGUAUUGAUGACUAGAGAGAAAGUAAGGUGGGGAUUCUGUACAUGAGUGAUGAGCAAACACUAGUAUAUGUUUAUUUUGUUUGUAGCUGGUAGGUUUGUAGUUUAAGUGUUAUCCAUCUAAAGCAAAAUAUACACAAGGUGCAAACAUCCAAUGUGCUUUUGUUCACAUUUACUAUUUGUUCCUGGAGUGUGCUCAUCAUCAAAAAGACAAAACAUGUUGAAACACACAGAAAACAUUUAUUUCAUAUGCUUUGGUUACAAAACAUGGAUAAAAUAUAGUUUAAAACCCUCCUUCUCUACAAGAGUGGAAUUUACACGUAAACAUAUGAAUCUACAUAUUUGAACCUAUCAUGGCUGAUUCGGAGCCAGAUGCACUUUUACCACAGUGAGUGAGUGUGUGUUCAUCCACAGCAGGUUUUUCUGUGUACAUGAAGGACCCGUCGACAGCGAGGGCAGG